UAAUUUGAAAAUAUAAAUAAUCAGUUAUGAUCAGGCGCGACGGGCUGCCUUCAAGUAAGUGCUGGGGUCCUCGGAGUAGUUGUCGCUGACAAAGCAAGCUCCAAAAUGUCGGGAGAGGUGUAUCUCCUCUGGCUCCUCUCGCUUUUACAAACGCUGUCGGCGUACGGCGCCGAGCUGUCGUCUGAGGCGUGCAGGGAGCUGGGCUUCUCCAGCAACCUGCUGUGCAGCUCCUGUGACCUGCUCGGAGAGUUCAGCCUCACCAAGCUCCAGCCCGAGUGCCGGCACUGCUGCCAGCAGGAGGCCCAGAUGGAAGCGCGAAAGCUCUAUGCUGGGGCCAUCCUCGAGGUGUGUGGAUGAAAACUGGGGAGGUUCCCUCAAGUCCAAGCUUUUGUCAGGAGUGAAAAGCCAAAGAUGUUCAAGGGUCUUCAGAUCAAGUACGUUAGAGGCUCCGAUCCUGUUCUAAAGCUUUUGGACGAUAACGGGAACAUCGCUGAAGAGCUCAGCAUCCUCAAGUGGAACACAGACAGCGUGGAGGAGUUCCUGAGUGAGAAACUAGACCGGAUAUAGAUGCAAGAAUCCCAAGUUCUUUGUUUGUUUGGUUUUAGUCUUGAAUUGAAAGGUCUGUUCACCCAAAUUACAAUCCCUCCGGUCGUAUCUAGCUAUGCAGAUAUUUGUCUUUUGUGCCAAGUUUGAGAUGUCUCACUCUAACAUUUCUGUGUCCAUCACUUCAGUGCAGUUCUGUUUGUGGUCCUUGCAGGGUUGAAGAAUUAUGUUGAAAUUACUCAACAGCAACUUAUCUUUCUAGGAACUGUGUCCAGGUUCAUGUAGAUCAGUCACCAAACACACAGACACUAUCUCUGGAAAGAUUUGUAGCUGUAAAUCUGAUUUUCCAAUAUUUUGGCCACCACAAACAAACAAAAAUACAUUCACCGUCAUACAGCAGUACUCAGAGGAGAAACAUCUUCUGAAAUAUCAGCACAUUAAACUGGAACUAUCUGCGUGGUAGAGCCUACUAGGGGAAAGUGAGAAAAAUGUUUUUGUUUGAUAGUUUGGGUGAACUGACUCUUCAGUAGUUUACCGAUUUGACCACACCUCGGCCUUGAUAGAUGUUAAAUCACUGCUCUUUAUGACUGUUUUUGUAUCUGAAACCCAUGAAUUUCUUGUCUGGAUAUUACCAAAUGACUUAUGUGAGAGUGUAAAAAAAGACACAAUCACAGAGCCCAGACAGGCAGCACAUCCGAAAUACUGACCAACAGAUCAAUUGUGGCUCAAAGUGGGUCCAUUAAGUUUGAAAACGAUGCACACCAUGUUGUUGUCCACCUGUGGGAGUUUCUGUUCCCCUGUCUGAUAAUCUUGUAUAACCUUUUUUUUAUAUAACGCUCAACAUUGUGAUUGAUGAGAAUUUUUCCUAGUUGCUCUUCAAAUGCGGAUGUCUUUGUUGAAGCACAUAUUAGUGAAGACCUCACAGUAAACCAGUGUUGGGAUGUGAGGUCUGAUGUAACUCUGUGUUUUUCUGCAUCUUCUGCUUUGAAGAGGAACUGGAUUUAUUUUGGAUGAUUGAUUGUUUUUGAGCAAGUGAGGUGACUGUUUAAAUAUGCAACAAUAAACAAAGUCUCUGAUGGG